AUGAGAUUUACUGUGAAAGAUGAUUCACUGCCCAAUAAUUUACUUUGUUCUUUAGAUGGUGUUGUGUUGAGGAACAGAGAUCGGACAUGCUUUGAGGAGGCGUGUUACAACAUCAGUUUUAAUGCGGGAGUCGUCAAAAUAGCCUCCAACAGAAUAUGUUGUGACUUUGAUCUCUGCAACAAUGAGCCAUUCCCAGAUGUUGACAUGCGACCCAAUGGCAAACAGUGUCACUUCUGUGCUGGAGAAAACUGCCUGGGAAUAGUGUACUGUGAGGGAAUUGAAAAUCUCUGCUUCACUUACAUAGAUGCUACAGAUGGCACAGAGCUCAAUGUGAAAGGAUGUGCAAGUGAAAGCGCAUGCAUUGUUCCUACAAAAGGCCUAGAUUUCACCGGCAUGAACACAGACAGAAACAUAUCUAUUAAAUGCUGCGAGGGGAACCUGUGUAACAGUGCUAAGAGCGUGACACUGAGUUUCAUCCUAAUGUUGCCCCUCCUGCUUAGCACUUUGCUCUUUCAUUGAACUUGUGUUAUUUGUUUGAGUAAAUUUUAUUUAUGCUCUUUACAAUGGUCAUUGCCUCAAUUAUUCUGUGCUAAAUUAUUUAAGCUAAUAAAUACAAUAAUUUAUAUAUUUAUAAAGAAUUUGUAUUAGCUUAUAUAAAUUGCGCACAUAGCUCCACACUGGAGCUAUAUACAGGAUUUAGACUGUAGCAAAUAGCAGGCACUCUA